GAAUUGCCACGUUUUUAGGUUAGUAGAAAAAAAAAGAAUUGAAAUUGGAAAAAAAAAAUUCAACAAAAUGGACGUUGCAACACUUUGGCGCUUGCAGCAGGCGCAUCAGCGGCAACGUAACGAGUGGGACAGGAUUGGUAGACGCCUCAAGCGGCUGACGGGCAAGAGGUCCAGCGACUUGCUCAUCCACGAUCCGCUCCUGCUGGCACCGUUCGCCGCCCAUCCUGGACAGCGGAUGAGCGGUGGCGGUCAGCUGGCGCCGAUGGCCAGUAAGCAGACAACGCAGAUGAGACGCAAUCAUCCGAGUAAAUCGGUUAAGUUCCCAGCGCCCAAUAAUAACCCCUUGGAUCUACUUGUCGUGGGUCAACGGCUGAUAAUGCAUCGUCCACCUGGACGACGCCAAGUGCAGCCCCACAGUCCCAUGUCCUCUCAGCCCCGCCAGCAUGUCGAAGAGUACGUCUAUUUCUAUCCGGUCCACUACCAUGAGACGGACCACUGGCCUCCACACGGUCAGCGGGAACCAAAUCUUGUGAUGGAUGCACGAUUUGUGGCCGAGCUACUCGAUGAGCUGCUGAUGACUGCAGGCAACCGUAUUUGAUUUGUGCUUCGUUCAAAUAAAAAAAAACGCUAAACGUUCUUUUUUCUCCUAUAUUUCCUAAAAACGAUAUAUGAUUUCAUUUAAAAUUCUGAAAUUAACAAUUGAAUUUACAUAAAAAAUGCCGAUCUGUUUGUACUUCCAUUUUAAAUUUAUUUGUUUGCAUUUACAAAAAAAUCCGACCAUUAAACAAACAAUUUGUUACCUAAGAUAGUAGAGAGACUACAAGAGUGUGCGGCAAUUUUGGGGCUGAAUUAAGGGGGUUCAUUGCGAAGGAGUAUCAAUUUCGGGGCUACAAUAUCGGUUGAUUCAGUAAAAAUAUAUAACUAUA